AUGACCAUCACCACCACAUUGCCGCCGCUCGGGAGGGCCAUCCCAGAAGGACCCCAUGCUAUCUCGGUCCACAUACCGACAUGGAAUGGCAUGUGUAGUAUAGGACGGGGCGACCCUCAGGUCAUGAAAGCUCUACGAAAUGGAUAUCCCCGCACAUUUGUGCACAAGGACAUCCAAAAGCUGUUUCAAGCAUGCCAGAGGCGCUUUCUUUCGUCCCCAGCGAAAGUACUACUCUUCCUCGAACAAAGGCACGCCCAAGCAUGCAAAAGCUUUGUGACUUCACCCGCAAUUAAUGGUGAUAAAGCUGCUCCAGCUAAGUCAGUAUCAGUAUUUGCUCUUGAAAUUGGGGAGUCUCAUCCCACGAUGGUACGUGCUGGCAACACGCCCCGGCCGACAACACUCUGGGCUGUGGUUUAUCCAGAAGAAUCAGCACCAAUUGGAGCUUUCUUCUGGCGUCUCACGGGAACUGGUAUAUCAUCUCGCUUUGCCGAGCACUGCCUCCGGAGAAUUGAGGCGAUGCAACGGAUUGAACCACCUGUGAAGCGAUUUUACUCCGCAAUGGCCACAGUUCAUCCCGUAUACCGAACCAUUUGCACUCGCAUCGCAUGCUUGAUGGAACGUGCCCCGGCUGGUCCCCGUCGAAGUCUGACUGUGAACCACUCCGACGUCUUUCUCUACCCAUCCGGCAUGUCGGCCAUCUACCAUGUGCACCAAGCGCUUUUGAAAUGGCGAGGCCUCGAGAGCGUGAUCAUCGGAUUCCCAUAUGAACUGACCAUCAAGAUGAUGAAAACCUAUGGUCCGUCGUACAAGUUUUAUAGUCUCGGUACGGAUGAGCAGAUCGACGACUUUGAGGCAUAUCUCGACACCAAGGCACAAGCUGGCUCCAUGAUCCAAGCCGUCUGGUGCGAAUGUCCUUCGAACCCGUUGUUACGAACCGUCGAUAUGGAGAGAAUUAGAAGACUCGCGGACAAGCAUCGCUUUGUGGUGGUCGUUGAUGAGACAAUCGGCAGCUUCGCCAAUGUCGACGCCUUGGGUGUGGCAGACGUCGUGGUGACUUCAUUGAGCAAGUCCUUCAAUGGAUAUGCCGAUUUGCUGGCGGGGAGUGUGACUCUGAAUCCGAAUUCCGACUACUAUGGAGCCCUGAAGGCCUGCUUGACAGGUGGCUACACCAACACUCUCUAUAUCGACGAUGCAAUCCAACUCGAGCGCAACAGCCGCAACUUUCUCAAGCGCGCAGCGCAGAUGAACGAUACCGCCGAAUGCGUGGUUGACUACCUCGUUCCCUUCGCCUCCGAUCCAUCAAGCGUCGUCAAUGCGGUCCAUUAUCCUAAAACUUGCGAGUCCGCGCAGCAAUACAAAUCACGCAUGCGUCAAGCAACAGACGAGUUCAUACCGGGUUAUGGGUGUCUCUUCACUGUCGAUUUUGACACCAUUGAGGCUUCAAGAGCUUUCUUUGAUAGUCUAGAUGUGCGGAAGGGCCCAUCUUUAGGUGCGCAUAUCACAUUAGCCCAGCCGUAUGUUCAGAUGGUGCUUCAGAAGGAAAAGAAAUGGGCGGCUAGUCAUGGCUUAAGAGAGACGAUUGUGCGGGUCUCUGUUGGGCUUGAGGAUAAGGAGGUUCUUUUGCAGAGUGUGAAAAGUGCCCAUGUGAUGGCUGAGAAGACGAAAGGCACCCACGCUUUGUAG